GCGAAUCCGUACUAUUUGAGGUACGCAGAUCUUUUUCCGAUCCGCAUUAUGUUUAUAAAAAAUUAAAACUAUAAAUAGCAAAGUGGGAAAACCCUACAUAUAUUGAAAUGUUUUGAAUUAAUGGAAGAUGGGUGCUAUUUCAGAAUACAUACACGUCAUCUCUUCCUUGGAAGUAUAUCCUAGGAUAUUUUAUUACCACAAACGAUAUAGUGACAUUCUAAGAAAGCUGAAGAAUAUAACAGGUAAAUAUGCUAAACUCUUUGAAAGCGAGCAUCAUGACUUUUUGAGCAGUCCCUUUGACCACGGAAUAAAGUUGAAAAUAUUCGGCGAGAACGAUAUCCGUCCUCACAACUUUAUUCCCGUUGAAUCUAAACUAUAUAAAGUUGAUGUGGUCAGUAGGAAGGGACCGGGAGAUAAGUCUUAUGUUGACAAUAUAGUUGCCGUUGAACCAGUAUGGCUGUCACAAACACGAGCGGACAUUGAGGCGAAAGAUGGAAAUGAGCCGAUGGAUUUGUCGAUUUCUGCUGAUCAUUCCUCUGUUACUGUAACAGUCUGUUAUGCCAAUAUUCAACGUCUUGAUGAAGAAGGACUUGAGAAAGUGACUCAAAUGCUGAGACAUGUAUCAACUGUAACACCAGAUAAACCUCAACACUGUUUUCUUCUUUGUGAAACAAAUAACAAGUUCACACAAGCAGAUGAAAAUGUAUUUAAAUCGAAAAUUGAAAACAGAGCAAACUUGUUACCAUUGCAUGAUAUUGUCAUAGGGACAGGAAAUAAUGUUAGCAUUAAAAACGAAGUUUCCAUGUUUCUCGAAUCUUUAUGUAUUCAAAGGUUUACGUAUUUGAAGAAUAUUCUCCAAAACUUUACAAAAGGUCAGAGGUCAAUGUUUACAAAGUCAUUGUUAGAAACGGAAGCAGUAGCUAAGCAACUAAAACGUGUUUUAUCAACUAUUUGCGGAAUAGCGUUUGAAGAACCCGAAGCAGACGUCGAAGAAAAACUCGCUAAUGUUGUGAAAUGUAUUGCUGUAAAUGCAUUUUCGGAGAAGUAUAACUUGCAAGUAUGGAUCUGUAACGGUAUAGUAAAUGCUUACUCAUUCCAACAAAAACUGAAGCAAUCGUUUUCGAAGGAUACCAGGCAUCGUCUGAAUAAGGUUGUUACAGUUACCCCAGAAAGUGAUCUUAAAGUACCAUUUGAAACAGUGGUGAAUGUUUACUCGAGACGCAUCGUUCGUAAUCUUCAGAAAGAGUUGAGGAGUGUAUUUACAGAUGUGGAGAAACAUCUUAGUCAAUUUUCGUCUGCUGUCAGGAAAAUGCUGCUUGAAAUUAAUGGUUGCUUUAAGAAGUCGUCACUGGCAUAUGCAAACAAAGAAAGCUCAUUUCCGGUCUUGGACGUUGAGCUCCGAAGAGAUAUACUAAGAAUCAAUGGCGUUUACGGCGUUGGGACAAUAUAUGGUGAAAUAGAGGUUCAUGCCAACCCCGGUACAAACGUCACAGCUCUCGAGUCUGAAAUUCGGAUGUUGAUGCGAAAGAAGAGUCACGUGUCUAACUUUGCAGUAAGAACAUUAUAUUCCAAACCUGAAAUGUAUGUGGAUUGUCAAUAUGAAAAUGGUGAACCAAUCGAAAGCUUAUGCCCUGUUCGUAAAGGUACACUUGGCGGUUUUGUUGAUGGUAGUGACAAUAAGCUGUAUGGAUUAACGUGUGCCCAUGUUGUUAAAUGUCAUGGUGGGCAAGAAAACAAUGUCUUUAUCAAAGAUAGCAGAAAUAUGCAGUGUUUGUUUGCUAAAAGUUUUCCAUAUCUGACAGUUUCAACAGGCGAACCUGCAAAGCCUUUAAUUGAUAUUGCAGCGGUAAGAAUUGUUGACGAUAUGGCUGAUAAGUGUAUAAAAUUCCCUAAAGAUGACACUGGAAAAAUAAAACCAGCUGUAUUAGCAGCGGAUAGACCUUCAGACCUGGUAGCAAUGAAAGUGUAUAAACAUGGAGCAAUGUCAAAUUUGACAUACGGUCUUGUCUGUUCGGAUGACUACAGUGUCCUUGAUGACGAGGAUGAUGAGAAUGAAUACAUCAUGCUCAUCGACAAUUAUGAAGACAAUGAUGAUUUAUUUGCAAUACCAGGGGAUAGUGGUUCUACAGUUUGUACACCAGACGAAAAUGAGCCCAAUAUUAUAAAAGUUGCGGGAGUUUUAAGCGCAGGACAGUUUAGACCAACAGGAUAUGCCAUGCCUUUGUAUUUUUCGUUUCGUCUUUAUGACGGCCUAAGAAAACUUACAUCAAAGGCCGGUGGACUUCAGUUUAAUUUUCCACAAAUUUGUACCUAGUAUUACACGAAGGGUGAUCAGAAAGUACAUAGACGUUGCUCUAAGUGUUAUAUUUGACAUAAGAUGACUCUUAAACUUUAGUUGAUUGUAUUAAUAAAUGUAGUUUAUGAAAUUUGCUGCAUUAUUAAACAGCAUGUAUGUUAGUACCCGUAGCAACUCAAUGUUUAUGAAAGAGUACACAUUACUGAGGGAUAACAGUGACCGAUCAUUUAGCCUGCAAACACUUAACGGACCGAAGGAAGGCUGAGGUCUGUACAGUGUUGGGGAAAACUGAGAUCACUAAAAUACCAUGAGAAAGUGGUAUUUUUAUACGGUAUUUUACAACACUUUACUGGAACAUAAUGGUAAAAGUUCAACGAGGAAGAAUAUUUAAGAAACACAACUUCUAGUAAAAUAUGCUAGAAAUUGUUGGCAGUUAGCUUUGUUUGGAUGUUUGGAAUAUAUGGUAUAAUAACCUGAGUAUGCUGUGUUAAGGGUUUAUCGGUAGUAUUUCUAUAGGUGUUGAAGUUGCAAGGACUGUUCAACUUUACGCUCUUUGUGACAUUUUUCAAGGCGUAAUGACGUGUCGUCGUCAUUUAAAGCUACAUGCCUCCAGAUGAGUCAAAAUAUUUCAAUAAAGUCAACUUGAGAAAAAUUUACCAAGAUGUAUGGAAAAGAAAAUAAGUUCAAGAUUCAAGUAAUAUUUUUCAUAUUAUGUGCGAUGGAUAACGGAUUUUUUUUAGUAUUUACAACUAUAUUUUUACUGCGUUAUUAAAGCAGUAAAGGCUAUUUAUGCAUAUUUUGACCACUUUUUGUUAAUCUGCGUAGUUGUUAAGUGCCAUUGAUAUGUGUAAAUUGCUCCCUUUUGGUUACUUCACAAUAUUACACAUUCAAAUUCAUUUUCCAAAUUUUCAUGAAAAUUAGCAUGAAUCUGGCUGCCCUUAAAUGUGGCGUGCUACGGGUAGUGUUUUAUGUACUCUAUAUUUUUCAUUUGUCAUAGCUCUUAUAUUUGUUAUGCUAUUUUCAUAAGAUUUUCGGAGAAUAUGCAACAAAAUAUUGUUUUGUAUUAAAUUUUGAAUCGUCAAUAAGAUUUAAUAUUUAUUAAAUAAUAAUAAUCUACAUAUUUUCUGAUAACCCCUCGUAUGUGAAACAUAAAUUUAAUUACUUUUACAAACUUUGAUUUAUGAUAAGGCAGCAAAAUACUCAAAUCAAAAACUCAUAUCUGAGGAAAUAUUAUAAUAGAGCUGCGUCAUGACAAAACCAACAUAGUGUGUUUGCGACCAGCAUGGAUCCAGACCAGCCUGCGCAUCCAUGCUUUUCGCUUACCAACCCUUUUUUACAAGUAGAGAAUAUGAUAGCGAACAGCAUGGAUCCUGAAUAGACUGCGCGGAUGCGCAGGCUGGUCUGGGCAAACCCACUAUGUUGGUUUUGUCGUGACGCGGCUUUUUUUGUCGUGACGCGGUUCAAUUAUAAUUUUGAUAUUUAACAAACACAUUUUUACAGGACUCUAUUUUCUUUAAAACAUGUCAGAUCAUUCGCAUACUCCGUUUUUUCCCCAGAAUAAUCAUUUUAAUUGUGCAACAUGACUCAAAAAUAAAAAAAAGUUUAAAGCUUUUGACUCAAAUCGGGCUAAGAGUUGCACAAAAAUACCAUUUUCAAAAAAUCUUUUGCACAUUUUUCGUUUUUGUUUUGUU